AUGGCGAUUGUCAAGUCGUCUGGUGAUCUUCUAAGGCUCCUCACCUUCCUCAUCUGCCUCCUCCAUCGUUGCAGUGCAGGCUAUGACGUCGAGUCGGUCGUCAGGACGCAGAACCUAUUAUCGGCUAAUCUGAAACUUGAAGGCGGGACGACGGAGUUCGGGCCUGAUGUCAAGUCGCUCGACCUAACUGCAAGCCUAGAGACGGAUAGCCGACUCCACGUGCGCAUCACCGACGCCGACCAUCCACGAUGGGAGGUCCCCCAAGACAUCAUCCCGCGGCCAACAUCAGUGACGGAUGACGUUCUGCUCGGAUCGCCAGGCAUGGACAAUGCCACCUUGCCAAGCAGCGCCACCAUACUCCUUCGUUUUCUCAAAAUAGACCAAGUCAUACUUUUUAAAGUGAGCAGUAUGUAUAUUAGCGAGUAGCUAGCCAAGUGAUCGAUGGGCAUGCAUGACAAUUGGAAAUGCAGGUACUUGGAGGUGACGACGGCGCUUCCAGCCCGGCGGGCAUCAUUGUACGGGUUCGGCGAGCACACGAAACAGACGUUCCGGCUCCAGCCCAAUGACACGUUCACGCUGUGGAACGAGGACCUGGAGAGGUCAGACCAACUGGACCGUAACCUCUACGGCUCGCACCCAUUCUACAUGGAUGUGCGCCCUGGCGGCAAUGCGCAUGGCGUGCUCCUUCUCAACAGCAAUGGCAUGGACAUACUGUAUGGCGGGUCCUACGUCACCUACAAGGUGAUCGGCGGCGUGCUCGACUUCUACUUCUUCACCGGCCCCUCCCCGCUUGCCGUGGUUGACCAAUACACCCAGUUCAUCGGCCGCCCUGCCCCCAUGCCAUACUGGUCAUUCGGGUUCCACCAGUGCAGGUAUGGCUACAAGAAUGUGGCUGAUCUGGAGGAGGUGGUCGCCGGCUACGCCAAAGCCAAGAUCCCACUGGAGGGGAUCUGGUCAGACAUCGACUACAUGGACGGCGGCCAGGAUUUCACGCUGGAUCCGAUCAACUUCCCGGCGAGCCGUCUCCGGCCGUUCGUCGACCGGCUCCACAGCAACGGCCAAAAGUAUGUGGUCAUCAUAGACCCGGAGAUCAAAAGACAAGCAACGCCUAACGAGGACUUUUUCCUCAAGAGAAACGGCACCAACGUGGUGGGCAGGGUGUGGCCAGGCGAGGUGUACUUCCCGGACUUCAUCAACCCACGCGCCGUGGAGUACUGGGCGCAGAAGAUCUCCGAGUUCCGGCGGACCAUCCCCGUAGACGGGCUGUGGUGCGACAUGAACGAGCCCUCCAACUUCGGGGCCUGGCAGCCGCUCAACGCGCUGGACGACCCACCAUACCACAUCAACAAUUCCGGCACGCAUCGUCCCCUCAACAACCAAACCGUGCCGGUCUCCACUGUGCACUACAAUGGCGUGUCCGAGUACGACGCGCACAACCUCUUCGGCCUCUUCGAGGCACGUGCCACGCAUGCCGCACUGCUCAAGGACACGGCACGCCGCCCCUUCGUGCUCAGCCGCUCCACCUUCCCCGGAGCGGGACGGUACGCGGCGCACUGGACCGGCGACAAUUCCGCGCGGUGGGACGAGCUUGCCAACUCCAUCAACACUAUGCUCAGCUUUGGCCUCUUUGGCAUCCCCAUGGUCGGCGCCGACCUAUGCGGCUUCAGGGGUAACACAAGUCAGGAGCUCUGCAGCCGCUGGAUACAGCUCGGUGCAUUCUACCCGUUCGCGAGGGCGCACACGGAGAGAACCACCGAACGACGAGAGCUCUAUGUGUGGGAGUCGACGGCGCAGUCGGCGAGGAAAGCGUUCGGGACGCGGUACCGGAUGCUCCCCUACAUGUACACUCUCAUGUACGAGGCGCACACAACAGGGGCGCCCAUCGCCCGCCCGCUCUUCUUCUCCUACCCGCAGGACGCCGACACCUACGGCGUGGACAAGCAGUUCCUGCUCGGGCGCGGCGUGCUUGUAUCUCCGGUGCUACAGCCGGGUGCCACCACCGUCGACGCCUAUUUCCCGGCGGGCCGGUGGUUUAGUCUCUAUGACCACAACUACCCCCUCACCGUCGCCACACGGACCGGCAAGCGUGUUACACUUCAGGCGCCAGUGGACUCGGCUAACGUGCACCUGGCCGGCGGCAACAUCCUACCAUUGCAGCAGCCGGCGCUGACCACGUCCGCCGCACGGCAAGGCGAGUUUCACCUCCUUGUGGCGCUCACGGAGAACGGCACAGCCAGCGGGGAGCUAUUCUUGGAUGACGGCGAGUCCAUGGAGAUGGGCGGGGUGGGAGGCAAGUGGACCCUGGUGAAAUUUAGCUGCAGCACGGAGGAGAGCAAGGGUAUCAUCACGACCACGGUGAGUUCCCAUGUGGUGCAGAACUCAUACGCGCCGAGUCGGGCGCAGGUCAUCGGCAACGUGGUCUUUAUGGGGCUCCAGUCGCCAGCAAAAGGGUUCACUAUCUAUGUGAACAACGUUGAGCUCAAGGCAGCCCGCACCAAGUCCCGGACGAGUGGAGCGUUUAGCGUCAGUGGCCUGUCGCUCGCCAUUGGAAAGGAGUUCCAGAUCAAGGUCGUCAUGUCCCAUUAACAUUGAUACCAUUUUUGCAUAAUUAUUGUA